CUGGGGUAGGCUUGAUUUGAUCAGCAAAGGCGGUUCUUUCUGAGCCUAGAAGAAAGGCAAGGACAGACAAGGUUCAUUGUUCUUACCUUCACCCUGCUUAAAAUGCUGUGCUGUUCAUUACUGCUCACACAAACAACUGCGAAGAAGAGUAGAGAUUUGGGGCUUCUAAAGGAGAGAGAAACAGAAGUUUCCAGGAACACAUGGGAAUGAGAUGGAUGAGCUGGCUCCUAUCAGACAAGGUCCAGAUGUCUUCUGCUUUCCUGAAGAACUUCGUGGAACCUAUACAAUGCAAAUGUGUACCUCAACUCUCCAAAUGGACUUUUCAGAAAAGAAGAUGGACCAGCCUAGUGGGAGAAGUUUCAUGCAAGUAUUGUGUGAAAAAUACAGUCCUGAAAACUUCCCUUACCGCCGUGGCCCUGGGGUGGGAGUCCAUGUCCCAGCCACUCCCCAGGGCUCGCCUAUGAAAGAUCGCCUCAACCUCCCGAGCGUGCUCGUGUUGAACAGCUGCGGGAUUACCUGCGCAGGAGAUGAAAGAGAAAUCGCAGCCUUCUGUGCUCACGUGUCAGAACUCGAUCUUUCUGACAACAAGCUCCAAGACUGGCAUGAGGUCAGUAAGAUUGUGUCGAAUGUCCCUCAACUGGAGUUUCUAAACCUGAGCUCCAAUCCUCUGAGUCUGUCAGUUUUAGAGAGAACAUGUGCUGGGUCCUUCUCUGGGGUUCGAAAACUCGUCCUCAACAACAGCAAAGCAUCGUGGGAAACAGUGCACACCAUACUGCAGGAGUUGCCAGAGUUGGAGGAGCUCUUCCUGUGCCUUAAUGACUAUGAAACAGUGUCUUGUCCUUCUGUCUGCUGUCAUUCCCUCAAGCUCCUACACAUCACAGACAACAACCUCCAAGACUGGACUGAAAUCCGAAAGCUGGGUGUAAUGUUUCCUUCACUGGAUACCCUGGUCCUGGCCAACAAUCACUUGAAUGCUAUCGAGGAGCCUGCUGACUCCCUGGCUAGGUUGUUCCCUAAUCUGCGGUCCAUCAGCCUCCACAAGUCAGGUUUGCAGUCCUGGGAAGACAUUGACAAACUAAAUUCAUUCCCCAAGCUUGAAGAAGUGAGAUUGCUAGGAAUCCCUCUUCUGCAGCCAUAUACCACAGAGGAGCGCCGGAAAUUGGUGGUGGCCAGAUUGCCCUCCGUUUCCAAACUCAAUGGCAGUGUUGUGACGGAUGGUGAGCGAGAGGAUUCCGAGAGGUUUUUCAUCCGGUACUACGUGGAUGUUCCACAGGAGGAAGUGCCAUUCAGGUAUCAUGAGCUCAUUACAAAAUAUGGGAAAUUGGAGCCUUUGGCAGAAGUGGACCUAAGACCCCAGAGCAGUGCGAAAGUCGAAGUUCACUUCAAUGACCAAGUGGAGGAAAUGAGCAUCCGCCUGGACCAGACAGUAGCCGAACUGAAGAAGCAGCUGAAGACCCUGGUGCAGUUGCCCACAAGCAGCAUGCUUCUCUACUACUUUGACCACGAGGCCCCGUUUGGCCCGGAAGAGAUGAAGUACAGCUCCCGAGCUCUACACUCCUUUGGCAUUAGGGAUGGAGAUAAAAUUUUUGUGGAAUCAAAAACAAAAUAACCUCUACCAGCCUUGUAAAAACUCACAUAAGGACUUCCUGCAGGGUGUUUGUUUCCAGUGUGCUUUUCUUUAGGAGGAAGGACAUUUCCAUUUUGUUUUGGGUUUUGUUUAGCUUUGGAGGGGUUUUGUAUAUUUUCUUCCCCUAGAAUGGAUAGGUUUUUGGUAUUUUCUACCACAGAUUUUUUUCAGAUCAGUUAGCAGACAUGGCUGCAUCUCCAGUCUAUAUGUGAGAGCAUGCCUGUCUCCCUCUCCCUCUCCCUCUCCCUCUCCCUCUCCCUAACCCUCCACUC